AUGUCUGGACACCACUACAAGUUCAACGUCAGCAUGAGCUGCGGCGGCUGUUCCGGGGCCGUGGAGCGCGUGCUCAAGAAACUGGAUGGCGUCAAGGAGUACAAUGUCUCCCUCGAAACACAGACCGCCGAUAUCACGGCCGAAGACUCAUUGUCCUACGAGACUGUGCUGGAGAAGAUCAAGAAGACUGGCAAGACGGUCAAUUCUGGCGAGGCCGACGGUGUCCCUCAGCCCAUCUAG